UCUUCCUCUCUCUAAAAACGCAAGCUUGACGCAUUUAUUCUCUCUCAUGCACACACUGCACUCACUCUCACACUGUCAGUUGAAUUUAUGAUUUUGGUCCGUGGGCUCAGUUCAGUUCAUUCUGUUGUUUAAUGCAAAUGUGUUCUACUGUUUUUUUUCCUUCGUAUAAUUAAUAGAUUUUCACUUAUUUUCAGCAAUUGCAUGCACUAUUUUUGUUUCUGUUCUUUAUUAUAGCCAAGAAAUCAACCCCAAAUUUUGGUUAUAGGUAGAUAUUUUCACUUUUUUUUUUUCCUUCAAAAAUAUGAUGAUUGAACUUCAGCAAAUUUCUUGAAACGGUGAAAUUUUUAUAAUUCUUUUCAAGAAUCUACCGCUUGAAUUCUGAAAAUUUCUUGAAAAAGUGCAAAUUUCAUAUUUAGUUUUCUAGAAUCUGCUGCUUGAGUUUCUGUAAUUUUCUUGAAAAAGUGCGAAUUCCAUAUUUCUUUUCAAGAAUCUGCAACUAGAAUAUCUAUUAAUUUCUUGAAAAAGUGGAAAAAUUCAUUUUAUUCUUUUACCAAGAAUCUGCUUGCUUGAACUCUGCAAAUUUCUUGAAAUAUGCUGCACACAAAAUCAGAAUCUGAUAUCACUAGUUUAGCCCCAUCAUCUCCAUCAAGGUCUCCAAAAAGGCCAGUGUACUUUGUGCAGAGCCCUUCAAGGGAUUCUCAUGAUGGGGACAAGUCCUCCUCUAUGCAAGCAACUCCUAAUUUCAAUAGCCCAAUGGAAUCCCCUUCACACCCUUCAUUUGGGCGCCACUCUAGGAAUUCAUCAGCCAGUCGAUUUUCCGGGAUAUUUAGGUCAUCCUCAGGGCGUAAAGGGAACCGGAAAAGGAACGACAAGGGGUGGCCGGAGUGUAAUGUUAUCUUAGAAGAGGGAAACUAUGAUGAAUUUGAUAAUGAUAAGGCGUUUACUAGGAGAUGCCAGGCUUUGAUGGGUGUUUGUGGGUUUAUUGUUCUUUUUACUGUAUUUUGUCUGAUCAUUUGGGGUGCAGCCAGGCCUUAUAAACCAGAGGUUUCUGUCAAGAGUUUGUUGGUAAGCAACCUUUAUGUCGGAUCAGGUGCAGACUUCACUGGGGUUCCAACAAAAAUGCUGAAUGUGAAUGGAUCGUUGAGGAUUAGCGUGUACAAUCCGGCUACAUUUUACGGUAUUCAUGUUAGCUCGACGAAGUAUGAGUAA